GAAACACUGUCGGUGUUUGUUUGACGAUGUAUAAAGUUGUAUGCCUGGCCGUGGUGUGGAGUAGUUAAACUGGUGUGAAGAAGACGACACAGCUGGCUAGCUUCGUUUUUAACAACUGCUGUAAUCUUCGAAGGAAAUAAUGGGGUCAUCCAAGAAACACAAGGAGAAGAGCCGCGACAAGGAUACAGAAGAACGCCGUCGUGAACAUAAGAAACAUCGUCAUAAGGACCGAGACGCUACAGACCGAGAUGGGACAAGGGAUAAAGAUAAAGAUAAACGAAAACGCUCCAGGUCCCGGGAAAGAAGCGGGAGAGAGGGCCGUAGCAAAGGUGAGAGGAGCACCGGGGAGCCACGGGUGAAGAAGGAGAAAGUUGAUCUUGGGUAUGAAGGAAGCAAGGCAGAAAUUGCACCUCAGUCUGCAAGCGGAGAUGCGUCUCUCAGCAUCGAGGAGACAAACAAACUCAGAGCCAAGCUGGGGUUGAAGCCUCUGGAAUUAGAGGUGGAAAAGAAGGAGCUCGGCACCAAAGAAGAUCCUAAGGUGGCAGAGACCAUCAACCCUGUUCUCAUCAAGAAGCAGAAAGAUAUGAGAGAGAAGCUUGCUGCUAUGAAAGAAAAACGCAUCCAGAAUCUGAAACUGGGAAAAGUCAAGACCAUAGCCGAGGAGGACUGGCUGGAUGACACCACUGCCUGGGUAGAGAGAAGCAGGCUGAUGGCAAAAGAGAAAGAAAUGGCGGAGAAAAGAGCCAAAGUUCUGCAAGAGAUGGAUGAGGAGUUUGGCGUCAGCAGUCUGGUGGAGGAGGAGUUUGCACAUGGCAAAAAAGAUGCCUACACAGCUAAAGAUCUAAAGGGACUCAAAGUGCAGCACAAGGUGGAUUCCUUCAAUGAGGGCCAGACUAUCAUCCUGACUCUACAAGACAAAGGUGUGCUCGUAGAGGAGGAAGAUGUGCUUGUAAAUGUUAAUCUUAUCGACAGGGAAAGAGCAGAGAAGAAUGUGGAGUUAAAAAAGAAGAAGCCUGAAUACAAGCCCUAUGAAGAAGAUGAGAGUGUGGAUGACAUGGUCGCGUUCAAGCCCAAAACUGUACUGUCAAAGUAUGAUGAGGAAAUUGAGGGUGAAAAGAAAAAGAGUUUCCGGCUGAAUACAGGAGGCUUUGCUGACGGGGAGCGAGAGCGGGAGAUUCAGGCCAUGAGAGAAGCUCUGCGAGACCAGGCCCAGUCUUUGGAGAUGCCGGCUCUCUCUAUUGCCUCGGAGUAUUACACACUUCAGGAAAUGACGGGCUUUAAAAAGACAAAAAAGCGUGUGAGAAAGAUCAGGAAGAAGGACAAGCUGACAGUUGCAGACGAGCUUGCUGUCGACACCCGCAGCACUGACUUUGGCUCCAGGGCCCGUGGUCGCGGCCGCAGACAGCUGGAAGAAGGGAGUGAGGAAGUAAAGCCGGUGGAGCUGGUCAAACUGUCCCAUGAUAUCCCCCUUUUGUCUGAUGACGUUAGAAUGGCCGAAAUGGACAUUAGUGAUGAGGAUGACUUUACACCUCCAGAGCCUGCUGUAAUUGAGGAGGAUGAGGCCGAGCAGGAGCUGCAGAAACAACUGGAGAAAGGGAGGAAGCUGAGGCAAAAGCAGCUUCUCAAAGACUCUGGGGAGAAGGUGGCUGAGAAGAUUAAAGAGCUUGAUAAAGCCAGUCCUGACGACGAUCCUGAGAUGAAGAAUAACAUUGUUUUCAACGACAUCUCAGAGUUUUGCAGAACACUGGGUGAUAUUCCAACGUAUGGGCUCUCGGGCAAUAGAGAAGACCAAGAGGAAAUUAUUGACUUUGAGGAGAAGGAAGAGAAAGAUGAUGCUGGAGAUCCAGACUCGGACAUGGAUGAGAAUAUUGGAUGGAGCACAGUAAAUUUGGAUGAGGAGCAGAAAGCGCCAGACUUCUCCACUGCCUCUGCCACCAUUUUGGAUGAGGAGCCCAUUGUCAGCUCGGGGCUUGCUGCUGCGUUGCACCUGUGCAAAAACAAAGGUCUAUUGGACACUGAAAUGCAGAAGAUGUCCCGUGUCAGAGCCACAAAAGGCGCCUUGCCAAAUGACAACUACUGCAUUGAGGAUAAGGUGGGCUUUGAUGACAAAUACAGUCGCAGAGAAGAAUACAGAGGCUUCACUCAAGAUUUCAAGGAUAAAGACGCCUAUCAGCCUGAGGUCAAGAUUGAGUAUGUGGAUGAAUCUGGGCGGAGACUCACUCCAAAAGAAGCUUUCAGGCAGCUUUCACAUCGAUUCCACGGGAAAGGGUCUGGAAAAAUGAAGACCGAGAGGAGGAUGAAAAAGCUGGAGGAAGAAGCCCUGCUGAAGAAGAUGAGCAGCAGUGACACUCCUCUGGGGACGGUGGCGUUGCUUCAGGAGAAGCAGAAAUCUCAGAAAACCCCUUACCUUGUGCUUAGUGGGAGUGGGAAAAGUAUGAAUGCAAAUAACAUCACCAAAUGAGUCUGGGGGAAGAGCGAAUUAUGUUUAACGCAAACACACACUGACACAUACAUGGACAUACACAUACGAUGUUUUAAGUAAAGUAACUGCUCCUAUUUCAUGCCUACUUCAUACAAUCUGUAGUGUUGUAGUAAAGAUUUGUCCAAUAAAAUUAAGGCAAAUUUAGAUCGAUGUUUAAUUGUUUUCUUUGUUGCUAACUUGCAAGGGUAAAGAGUAACUCAGAGGAAUUAUCUUAUGAUGAGAACCUACUUUUUGUAUGUAACACUUUUAAAUGCUUUUGUUUAGGUUAAUGACAGCUUUUGCAUAUUUUGUGGAAUGAGUAUUAUAAUGGGUUCAUUAGUAAUGAACAAGGCAAUAUAUGUUUAUCAAAAGGUUUAAAAUGCAUUUUUGUUUUUAUUGGUAGCAAAAGUAGAUGGCAAAUUCAAUUCUGUAAUUUUUUUUUAAUAAAAUGUGAAC